AUGGCCGCCCAAUUCGCUACCCGUCAGCCUGAGCUCGGCAUGGAGAAGGUUAUGCCUACUCGCCAAGACUCUGGAUACGCCUCUCCCUGCGACUCUCCUCGCCUCACCGUCCGCCUCAACGACGGAAACGAAAUCCCCCAGAUUGCUCUCGGUGUCUACAAGGCCCCCAACGGCCAGGAGACUGAGGACGCCGUCAUCGCCGCUCUCGACGCCGGCUACCGUCACAUCGACUCCGCCGCCAGAUAUGCCAACGAGGAGGCUUGCGGCCGUGCCCUGAAGCAGUGGUUCCAGAAGACCAACACCCCCAGAUCAGAAGUCUUCGUCACCACCAAGCUUUGGGACGCUGACCACGGCUACGAGGCUACCUUUAAGGCUCUCUGCGACUCCCUCGAGAAGUUCCAGCUCGAGUACUUCGACCUCUACCUCAUCCACUCCCCCUCAGAUGACAAGGAGAAGCGCCUCGCUUCCUGGAGAGCUCUUGAGACUGCCCAGCGUCUCGGCAAGGUCCGCUCCAUUGGUGUCUCCAACUUCAGCUCCCACCACAUUGAGGAGCUUCUUCAGGAGACCACUGUUGUCCCCGCCGUCAACCAGAUCGAGGUUCACCCAUUCUGCCAGCGCCAGGACCUCGUCGACACCUGCCGCAAGCACGGCAUCGCCAUUGAGGCCUACUCUCCCCUCGCCCGCGGCAACAAGCUUGAGGACCCCACCAUUGGCAAGAUCGCCGAGAAGUACGGCAAGAGCCCUGCUCAGAUCCUUCUCAACUGGAACGCUACCCGCGGCAACAUUGUCCUCCCCAAGUCCCUGACUGCCCACCGCAUCCAGUCCAACUUUGAGUCCUUUGACUUCGAGCUCUCCCAGGAGGACAUGGCUGUCAUCGAUGCCCUCGGUGCUGAGAACUACGUUACCGGUAGCCUGCACAAGGAGUAA